GUCCCUGUUGCACGAGGGACAUCCAGGCACCACCAGAAUGAAAAUGCUAUCACGUAGUCACGUGUGGUGGCCUUUGAUAACAUAUGAUGUCGAAAACACUGUCAAAAACUGUAGUACUUGUCAACUAACGCAGAACGCGCCACCACGUGUUCCAUUAUUAACGUGGGGUUGGCCAACGCGCAGAUGGCAAAGGGUGCACCUUGAUUUUGCAUACCGGGAUCAGAACUGGUUUUUGAUUCUUGUAGAUGCUCAUUCAAAGUGGGUAGAGGUGUUUCUAAUGAGUUCCACUACGACAAAAUGUACUAUCGAAAGAUUGCGAAGUGUUUUCGCCGCGUUUGGACUACCAGAAGAGGUAGUGACAGACAAUGGACCCCAGUUUGUGGCGACAGAGUUCGUAGAGUUUCUGUCGAUGAAUGGGGUACGCCACACAAAAAGUCCUCCGUACCAUCCCGCCUCAAAUGGAAGCGCGGAACGGUGUGUGCAAACCGUCAAGCGGGACCUCCUGAGGCAGGUAAUCGACGAGCAACGGACGGGUGUACCGAAAUCGAUGCAACAUUGAGUCGACCAGUUCCUGUUUGCAUACAGAAAUACCCCAACUGGUACGACCGACAAAACUCCA